CGGCCUAAUGGAAGCCCUCCUCCGAGAUCCCACGGCUGCGCGGAGAACCGGGCGGAGGGAGGGAGUUUGGGGAGGGGGAAGAGCAGGAGGAGGAGAAAAGGGAGGGGGAGACUACAAACUAGCAAGGAUGGGGUGUGGGGGGGUGGGGAGGGGAAGGGAAGGGGGGGAGAGAAGCGAUCGCGAGAGAAAAAAAUGCAACCUCCCAAAAUAAAGAGCAAAGAUUGCAUUAGGAGCGAACAGCGCUGCAGAAAUAGAUGGCAGCUUCGUGUCAGUGAGUUUGCAUCCCCCUUCCUGAUCCACGAGCUGGAGUGAUUAGAGCCCUGGAAGGGAAUUGUUACUCCCGUGGAGAAGUCCCCUUUUCCUGGCAGUCGUCUGCACUGUACACGCUGGAUGCCUCUCUCCAUCCACCCCACUCACUCGCUCCUCUCUCACCUCCUCUCUCCCUCUCCUGCAUUGAUUUUUUUUUUUCCUUUUUAGUUGACUGAAACAAAACAAAACAAAAGGGCCACUGGAUGUCUGCCUUCUUGGGGGGUGAGCCAGACAGACUGACAAACAAACAGCCCCAACUGUGUUCGGGGGAGGGUUUCGCCUCCCGUUUUGCCCGGCAGCAGCAGCAUGGACGUGUUGGCUAGUUAUAGUAUAUUCCAGGAGCUACAACUUGUCCACGAUACCGGCUACUUCUCAGCUUUGCCAUCCCUGGAGGAGACCUGGCAGCAGACAUGCCUUGAAUUGGAACGCUACCUACAAACGGAGCCCAGGAGGAUCUCGGAGACCUUUGGUGAGGACUUGGACUGUUUCCUCCACGCUUCUCCUCCCCCGUGCAUUGAGGAAAGCUUCCGUCGCUUAGACCCCCUGCUGCUCCCUGUGGAAGCCGCCAUCUGUGAGAAGAGCUCGGCAGUGGACAUCUUGCUCUCUCGGGACAAGUUGCUAUCUGAGACCUGCCUCAGCCUCCAGCCGGCCAGCUCUUCUCUAGACAACUACACAGCCGUCAACCAGGCCCAGCUCAACGCAGUGACCUCAUUAACGCCCCCAUCAUCCCCUGAGCUCAGCCGCCAUCUGGUCAAAACCUCACAAACUCUCUCUGCCGUGGAUGGCACAGUGACGUUGAAACUGGUGGCCAAGAAGGCUGCUCUCAGCUCUGUAAAGGUGGGAGGGGUCGCAACAGCUGCAGCAGCCGUGACGGCUGCGGGGGCCGUUAAGAGUGGACAGAGCGACAGUGACCAAGGAGGGCUAGGGGCUGAAGCGUGUCCUGAAAACAAGAAGAGAGUUCACCGCUGUCAGUUUAACGGGUGCCGGAAAGUUUAUACAAAAAGCUCCCACUUAAAGGCCCACCAGAGGACUCACACAGAGAGAACUGUAAGCUGGAAUGGUUCCUUGCCCACUGCAGCACAAAGAAGAGCCGGCUGGCAUUUGGCAGAUAGCAGUCUGUGACCAGGGGGAACUAAACUGCACACAAAGCAAGACGGCCGCACACAGGAGCCAGUGGGGAGUGCUUGGGAUCCUCUGGGGCCCAGGCAAUGAAGCGGCUUGAAGGUGGAGAAAACAGCAGUUAUAAAAUAUAAAUGUGUUUAUUAUUACACUGGGCCUAUGCUAUAUAAUUUUACACACACUCAUAUUGGUGAUUUAUGGCCACAGCUCCAUAUGGAGGAGAAGCUUGCUAAUUUUCCCAAACUGAUAGGGAUGUCGCUGAAGAUGAUCAAAUUGGUAGGAGCAGUAGCUGAGAAAAAGUGGUCUCCUAAAACAACCAAAAAAGCACGGGAGGGGGAGGACUACUGUGUCAGAGGCAUCCUUUGUUCAUUUAUUUUGAUAAGCAGAGCUUGGCUUUAAUUAUUCAUGAUAAUGCUUGCCCUGGAAGGAGCAGGCCUCUGAGGCCACAGCAGCCAUGGCGUGGUGUUUGGUUCCCUGUGUAGUUAACACCAGAACAACCUGCCUAGCCUUUACUGAGAUUUGUCAUGCUUUCACCUGUGAGAGGUAAGAUGACCUGAAGUUUUGUUUAUACCCGAUAUCCCUUCCAAAGGGACAUGUAUUGACUUGGCUGGAGUGGAAGAGAAAGCCUGAGUGAUAACAGCCAUUGGAUGAAAUCCUUACAAGGUAGGUGGUGAUUUUCACAUUUUAGGCAUGAGAACAUGGAACCCUAGAGGAGCCCAGGAGUAGAUACACCAACUCAUAAGUGACCAAGCUGGCUUUUAAGUCUGGGUCUGACUCCAAAGCCUGUCCCCUGCAGCAUUAUGCUGGGAUUUCCUAGGCCAAGAAAGGGACACUGGAGCCAACCCCACCCUUCUUCCACCCCAGUCCAUUCCACUUGCUGUGCUUUCAGCCUGUUUCCCGGUCUUAGCAUCAAUUACGAUCAUUUCCGACAGCUUUCCUAAGUGUUUUUUGACUUGGCAAAAUCUUGAAGCACUUCUGGGAGCUCUUCAGAAGGAAAGCGCUUUGGAACAGCAUGCACUAGUUCCAAAAUCCCCAGAGCAUCUAUGAUUCAUGCUUCUUGCAGGGGAACUUCAUGGAGACAGGCUAGUAUGACCCUAGGAUACUUGAUAGACUUUUUUUUGUGCAUGUGUAAAUACCAGACGAUGAAUGCUGAAUGCCCCGUUCACUCAGCUCAUAGCAAAACCCUGGGAGGCAUCCCUGAUACAGGCCCUUUUAAUCAGUGUUUUGUUUUUUUUUAUUUUAAUCUCAUGGGCACUACUUUCUAAAUAUGAUUUACAUUUGUUUGCUUUUUCCAUCUCUGCUGCUAUAAGCACUGUUUCAGCCACUGUCAUCUUUCUUCUUCUAGAAGUUGUAAAACUCUCCCCACAUUGGCUCAUUGCCUUUGUCAGCCCAUUCUCCAUUUUGUAGCCAAAGUAAGAUUUUAAAAUUCAUUUCUGAUCAUGUUAUGUCUCUGUUUAAAAGCUCACAAUGGCUGCCAUUGUUCUUAAAGUACAGAUUAUUUAACAUGAUCUCUAAGACCACUUUCCAAUAAAAAUGUAACGUGAGCCACAUAUAUAAUUUUAUAUUUUCUAGCAGGUACAUUUAAAAAGUAAUUAAUUGUACUAAUUAGUUCUAAUAUUGUAUUUUAUUUAGCUCAAUAUAUCCAAAACAUUAUCAUUUCAGCAUGUAAAUAAUUGAUAAAAAUUAUUAAUGAGCGAUUUUACAUUUCCUUAUCUCUUUUUUCUAUUGGAAAGCCUUGAAAAUCUGGUGCAUUUUUACACUUACAGCACAUUCAGUUCAGAUUGGCCACAUUUUGGGUACUCAGGAGCCACCUGUGCUAGUAUCUAGACCGGACCAUGCAGGUCUGUUUAAAUGCUUUCACAGCCUGGCCACUGCCUGUUCUCUGUCCCUGUAGAGCACACAAACUGAUACUCCUCUUUGAUCAGCUUCCUGGUGAGGUGUGGGAGAGAAUGUAGCAGAGGGAUGAGAGGACCUCUGCUAUGAUGGAAGAAGGGUGGGGUCUUUUGCUCCUGUGUCCCUUUCUUGGCUUCCUUCCUAGGAAAUCCUAGCAUGAUGCUGCAGGAGAACAGGCUUUGGAGUCAGACCCAGACUCAAAAGUCAGCUCAGCCACUUAUUAGCUGGGUGUCUAUCCCUGGGCUUUCGUGUUCUCAUCCCUAAGAUGGAAAAAUCACCUACCUUGAAAGAUUUCUGUGAAGUAGCACAGGUAAAGCACCAUCAGGCUGCUUGACAUGUAAAGAACAUGCCAAGAACAGGGAUGUUAUUACCUGGUGUUUCUUCACUCCAGCCCAGUCAGCAUCCACCCCGCAGAAAGGGGUGGCAGGUAGAAAUGAAGCUGCAGCUCAUCUCACACUGAAGUGCAGAUUAAAAAUGAAAUCCAGCAGGGGACAGUGGCUCAUUCCUGUAAUCCCAGCACUUUGGGAGACCAAGGUGGGUGGAUUGCCUGAAGUCAAGAGUUCGAGACCAGCCUGGCCAGCAUGGUAAAACCCAUCUCUACUAAAAAUACAAAAAUUAGCUAGGCAUGGUGGUGUGCGCCUGUAGUCCCAGCUACUUGGGAGGCUGAGGCAGGAGAAUCGCUUGAGCCCAGGAGGUGGAGGUUGCAGUUGAGCUGAGGUCGUGCCAUUGCACCUCAGCCUGGGCAACAGAGUGAAACUCUGUCUCAAAAAAAAAAAAAAAGAAAGAAAGAAUGAAAUCCUUCCUCUGCUGUUGGCCUUGGGGGUUUCCAUUUUGGGUUUAUGUAGAAAUGUUAGGUGACACAGGUGUUUUUUGAGAAGGUGAGGGAAUGAAAUGAAAAAAAUGCUGGUAAGUUAAUAUGAGGUAUUCUCUGAAAAAAAAUUUUCUACCCACACUAAGGUCUAGUAGUCAGUAGCACCAUCCUGUGAGCUGAAAUGAGACCAGGGGUUCUAGGGAAGGGCAAAUGUGUUGUAGUUCACACUCCUGGCUUCCCGUCUCCGUAGAUUCUAUUCCAUUGCUGAUUCAUUUUUUAAAAAUUAGAACAGCUGUUAUAUAGGUGCACCUAAAUAGUUCUGACAUUCUUUCCAGUUGAAACUUUUGUUUUAUUAGAAAAUAUUUCCAAAGGGAAUAUGAGUAUUGAUCCUACUUUGUUGUUGCUUAUAUAAAAGGCAGAGUGAGGCAGUGGUUAAGUGUGUGGAUCUGAAGGUAAGAUGGCCUGAGUUUCAUUCUUGACUAUACCACAUGUAAGUUGGGUGAACUUAAACAGCUUAGUUUCUCCAGCCCUCUAUUUCCUCAUCUGAAAAAUGGGGAGGGAUAAUAGCAGUCGGGCUAUUGAGAGAAUUAGAGGACAGAAUAUACGUAAAGCCCUUAGGUUCUGUAGUGGCCAGCAUAUAGUAAGGCCUCAAUAAUUAUUAGCCAACAGCCCAUUGUACUAGGAUCUAAAACACCGUAUCCCCCAUUGAAAAUGGGUGCAAUUGGACCACAUGUCUUGGCUGAUGAUUAUUUGAGGUGUUCUCUGCAGAGAUGCAUGUAUUAUCUAGUUUAUGUACCUUUCUCCUACACUUAGUUUUCUACUAUAUGUUUAUCUACAUGAGGAAGGAAAAUACAGACAUCUCAUCAGGGAGUGAUUCUGCCAUUCAUAUAUUCAUAUAUCCAAUAGAAAAAGCCAAAUACCUUUCAGCAGAUGAGAUAUGAGAUGUGGUAAGAUAAGCACCAUAUUUUAGUAGUAUAUGGGCUUUGGGCAGUUUUUCUCCAUGUGGUAUUGGGUUUAUACUGUUUGGUUGAAACCCUUUGGCUUUCUAAUCAAUGGCACAUUUUAAGUUGAGGAGUUGGGGCUUGAGGUCUUAUCUUUGAUGGUUGAAUGAAACACCAGGCUCCAGAAGUGGUCUGCUCCUGACAUCUCAAAUUGAUCUCUAACCAUCUUAGCUAGAACAGGUGAUUGCAGGCUCUUUAUUCACCAGGAAGGUAUAUUCAGGUACUGGGUGUGAAUAUGAGCUACAUUGCAUAAAGAAGGAUUUUGGGGUAAAAUAUUUUAAUAAUCACCCUGCCUGUAUAGUGCUUUGCAGUAUAUGAAGCACUUGCACAGAAAUCAUCUCUCUUCACACUUCACAAUAGUCCUUUGAGGCCUGUACCAAAGAAGGGAUAAGCUCUAUUUUGCAGAGAUGGAAAGUGAGACUCAAAGAGUUGGUAACUUUCCUGAGGGCACAUCUUAAGUGGUAAAAGCUAGGACUAGAGCACUGGUCUCCUGAUGGUGAGUUGUGUAUAUGUCUAUUUUCCAGUAAACUGUACUUGUACACAUGGGGCACCAUCUCCAGAAACUCUGACACCCCUUCUGAAGAAAAGAAGUGAGAUUGCUUUUGUUCAUUUAUGCUAUGCUUUGAAUUAAUUAGAUCAUAAAUGAAGCUUUUGUGACAAAGACUCAAGGUAACAGAAGCAUAAAGAUGUAAGAUUUUUCUCUUUAAUGUAAAGUCUGCACUGAGAACUGUCAGAAGCCCAAACUCUUUUUGUUCUGUGGGUCACCCAUCCCUUGGGUUUCCAUUCCAAAGGAAUUGCCCAGGUCCCUGCAAUUCAAGGUGGCUGCCACCAGGCCUACUUUCCAGGAAUCUAGUUUUCAUGCAGAUAUUUUGAAAGUGAGAAGGGAGAGGAUGUACCUACUUUUAAAAAAGUAUAGCUUGAUUGACUGGCCAUGGUAGCUCAUACUUGUAAUCCCAGCACUUUGGGAGAGGCCAAGACAGGUGGGUCACCUGAGGUCAAGAGUUUGAGACCAGCCUGGCCAACAUGGUGAAACCCUAUCUCUACUAAAAAUGCAAAAAUCAGCUGAGUGUGGUAGUGGAUACCUGUAAUACCAGGUACUCAGGAGGCUGAGGCAGGAGAAUCACUUGAACCUGGCAGGGGAGGUUGCAGUGAGCCGAGAUUGUGCCACUGCACUCCAACCUGGGCGACAGAGCAAGACUCCAUCUGAAAAAUAAGUAAGUACAGCUUGACAUUGCAUUUGUCACUUUCACUUAUGUCUCAUCAGCCAGAACUUGGUCAUAUGUGAACAAGCAACUGCAAAGGAGUUUGGAAAUAUAGUCUUUAUUUUGGGUGGCCAUAGGUGCAACAAAAUCCUGGGAAUACUCUUACUAUAGAUAAGGAGAGAAUGAAUGUAGGGGGACAACUGGCAGUUGCUGCUAUGCUUUUAGUCUUAAUAUCCUUUUUUUAAAAGCCUGUAAUGCAGAUACUUUAACAUAAAACUCUUGAGUUCUGAAAUUCUAAAUGUAUGAAAUGGUAAGGGUAACAUCCUAGUACAUUGUAGUUUGUGGCACAGUGCAAGAUGAAAAUAACUGCAUGAAAACUAGGUUUCUGUGGAAUGGCUCAAGUUCUGAAUGGAAACAUAAGUUACUUGUAUUUCAUGAGAAUUUACAUUAUUGGAAUAAUAUGAAGUGACUGGGAAAUUAAUAACUUGAGCAGGAAACCAUAUGGGGUCAAAUUAACUACAUCUCAAUAUUUCUUGCACCUCUUUUUCCCCCUUCCAAAGUGCAAAGUCACAUUACAUUGAUAUUUUCCUCCCAGAAUGCCUUCAUUCUUCAGUAGAAGAAUGAAGAGAAAGUAUUUUGUAGCUGUGAGAGUUUAGCAGAGACAAAAUUAAGGCUGUUUGAGGUUAGACGUAUACAGGAUGACAGAUUGUGUGGGGGUGUUUCUACAUAUGUGGGUGUCAAUAUGUUUGUGCUAAGUUGUUUGCAGAUUUGGGGGGAGGGCAGGAUGUGUGUGAGUGCAUGUGUGUGUGUGUGUGUGUGUGUGUGUGUGAAUGUAGAUUUCAUAGGUGGUUUCAGUCAUUGUGUUUUCUUCCUAAUGAUUCCUGUUAGGGAGCAGCAGAAAGAUGUAGGAAGAUCUAGGUAACUGCUUAAAGGAAGGUUUGGAGAUGGACUAGUAGAAUAUGGGUAUGUUCAUUUAGCUGGGUUAAUUAAGGGUCUUUGACAUGUGUCCAGCAGUCUAAGUCUUGUGAAUACUAAGGUGAAUAAGCCUAGCCUCUGUUCUUAAAGGGACCAUUUGGUUUUGUGGUGCUCAAGUUCUCUGUUCUUAAAGGGACCAUUUGGUUCUGUGGUGCUCAAGAAUAUACACAGUUUACUCAAGCAACAUGAUGAGUCUCUUCUAGAGGAAGUUAGGCGAGCAGAAGGAAGGAGUCCCUAACUCUACCAGAGUCAGUCUAGAGCCAGUUCCCAGAGGAUAUGGUUUAGAAAGUACUAGGACAACGUACUGUGCCAGGCUCUGAGGACACAAGUAUGCACAGAUGUGAGGUCCGACCUCAAGGCAGUCAGUCUCUUGAGGGGAUAGUUUGUCAUCAAGGCCCCUUAGAAUCUGGCACUACCACCUCUCCAGUCCAUUUUUAAGAGUCCUCCUCACAUACUUACCCUUGACCUCAGAAUGAUAAACGACUGUCCGUUAUCUCUGGGCCUUUGUGCAUGCUGUUCCUUCUCCAUGAAAUGCUUAUUGCCCUUGUCCUUGGUGUCCUUCAAGUUUCAGGGAGGCUUAUCUUCUCUACAAGACCUGCCAUAAUAGUCUUACCAAGUCUUAGGGAUUUUCUGUUUCACAGGUCCACAUUACACACAUCUGUCAAAUACACUGAGUCUCAUGUUCUUUGCAUGUAUUGCAUGGUGCUUUCCUAACCGGGAGCUGCUCUAAUGUGAAGAGCCUUUCUCUUUAGCUUUAAUCUCUAGCAAUGUCAUUGGUUGGCGUAUAUUAGAACCAACAAUUAAUGCUUGUUGAAUCUAACUUGUCACACUGAAGAGACUGUUUCUUUCACUGCCAGUGAGUUAGACCAGAAGUCUAAGUAUUUGACUUUUCCUGUUUACCGUUGGACAGAGAUCAAGUGUUUCGGAGAUAAUGCAUUUAGGGUUUGUGAAGCUGGAAGGCAAGGUAGUAAUACAGCUUUUCAUGCUGCUGGAUUUUGAUGGUCUGAUGUCUCAAUUAGCAAACAUUUUAUUGAGUACAUGUUACAGUGCGUCUGAGCCUGUGCUAGACUUUGAUUAUAAAGAGGCCAAUGAGAAAGCAUCUAGCCCAGUGCUUGGACACACAGUAGAUACUUAAUCAGUAUUUAUUCCAUUGGGGGUAUAAGGUGUCCUUGUUUUAAAAGCACUUUUCAUUUAAUGUGGGUGGGGAAAAGCAGGGCAAGGGAUCAAGGCACAAAAGGAUAAAUAUCUACAGGAAAUAGUAAAUAACUGGUCAAAGAGUGAAAACUUAGACGAGGGUAUAGAUUUCCAAGGAGGAAAAAUCCUUAGGGAUGGGGUGACAUGUGGAGAAUAGGCACAUUCUGAGCAGAGGACAUCCCAGCGAGUGAGAAGGGCUUGGGUGGGAGCCGGGUGGGGUGAGGGAGCUGUCUAGGGAUGUUGGAGACUAGAGGGUUAUGUAAGAAGUGAUGGGUGAUAAGGUAGAAAAAUAAGUGGCAUGGCUUUAUGUACAUCUUUUCCUGAGUACAUAGAUUUAGUGGAGAGCGUCUGUCCUAGGUUAUCGUGUAUCCAAAUAACAAACAAAUGAAAUUUUUCUUUUGGGGUUACUCUUUUUUUAGACUAUAUUUGAGUAAGGUACGUAUUUGAUUGCUUUAGCUAGUGGGGAAAUUUAGUCUCUAAAAAAAUGUUUGAUCAUUUUGGAAGAGAAUUAUGUAGACAUAUUGAUGUUUUAAAUCUUCACUGGUUUGAUAUUUGCCUCUCAAACGCUCUGGAGAACUGGAUUCAUAUUUAUUCAACAUGAAUUGUAGCUGGUCCAAGGAGGGCUCUUCUCUCCAUGAUCUGGUUGUAAAUUAUCUAAUUUAGCCUCUUCUUUUUUUUGAGACGUGGUCUUGCUCUGUCAUCCAGGCUAGAGUGCAGUGGUGCAACCACAGCUUACUGCUUACUGCAGCCUCAGCCUCUCCUGCUCAAGUGAUCCUCUCACCUCAGCCUCCCAAGUAGCUGGGACCACAGGUGUGCACCACCAUCCCUGGCUGAUUUUUUAAUUUUUUUGUAGAGGCAGGGUCCUACCACAUUGCCUGGGCUGGGCCCAGGUGAUCUGCCUGCUUUGGCCUCCCAAAGUGCUGGCAUUACAGGUGUGACCCACCACACCUGGCCUCAUUUGGGCUUCUUGAAGAUGGAUAAAAAUGCCUUUAUUUUUUUAAUUUUAGAGAAAAUUACCAUAUGAGCUAUUUACAUGCUUUUCUACCAUCUGCAUUUAUAUAAUCAGGGAAUAUCAAUUUUGUUCUCAUUAACUUAAUUAAAAUAAAUUUAGGUAACUGAAGCCAUUUAUUUUAUAGCUUCCAGAAGCAGAUCUUAUGCGGUUUUUGGAUUAC